AUGGCUGAAAAGAGUAAUGAUAAUACUUCUUCUGAUACAAUUUCCUCGAAGCCAAAAUCAAAAAAAUACCGCAAAGAAAAACCCUGGGACAAUGAGGAUAUAGAUCAUUGGAAAAUCGAGCCGUUUUCUCGAGAGGAUAAUCCGCACACUUUUACUGAAGAAUCUUCAUUUGCAACUCUAUUUCCAAAAUAUCGAGAAAAUUAUUUAAAAGAAAUAUGGCCCCAUGUUACGAAAGCUUUAGAGAAUGUGGGUAUUGGAUGUCUAUUAGAUCUAGUCGAAGGAAGUAUGACAGUUAAAACAACCAGAAAGACAUAUGAUCCAUAUAUAAUACUCAAAGCUCGUGAUUUGAUAAAAUUGCUGGCAAGAAGCGUUCCAUUUCCUCAGGCUGUUAAGAUUCUUGACGAUGGUGUAUCAUGUGACAUUAUUAAAAUUGGAAAUAUUAUUCGAAGCAAAGAACGUUUUGUCAAACGAAGGCAAAGGUUGAUUGGGCCAAAUGGUUCAACGCUGAAGGCGAUAGAAUUAUUGACUCAAUGCUAUGUCAUGGUGCAAGGAAAUACCGUAUCUUCUAUGGGUUCAUAUAAAGGUUUGAAAGAAGUAAGAAAAAUAGUAAUCGAUUGUUUAAAGAACAUUCAUCCUAUAUAUCACAUUAAAGAAUUAAUGAUUAAAAAAGAACUUGCUCAAGAUCCAAAGUUAAAAAAUGAAUCAUGGGAUAGGUUUUUACCUCAUUUCAAAAAACAAAACGUCAAAAGACAGAAAAAACAAAUCAAGAAAAAAGAAUACACACCUUUUCCUCCUCCGCAGACCCCAAGAAAGAUCGAUUUACAACUGGAAUCUGGUGAAUAUUUCCUUAAACCUAAAGAAAAGGCCGCUCGUGAAAUGGAAAAGAAAAAG